CUUGCCUCUCCUGCACCCUCCUUCACGAUGUCCCCCUUGCUGCGCCCCUUGCUGCUUCUCCUGCUGGUGGACAUGGUGUCCCUGGGCCUAUCCCAGCGGUGGGCCCUGCCCUCCCUGUGGGGCCCGCUGCUGUCUUUGUGGGGCCUGGCUCUUGUGCGGGGCCUGGGUCUGACCCUGGGGGCGAUGCUCCUUCGGCCAGGCCUGCCCCCUGGUCUGGCCUCUGCCCUGCUGCCCUCGGCCGCUCUGCUGGCCCUGCUGCCCCCCUGCUGCGCCACCCUGCAGUCCUUGUCCUUCCCCAUGGGGGGUGCCCCAUGGCUGGCCUUCUCCUGGGGCAGAGUGGACGUCCUUGCCCUGCACUACGGGGCCGUGGUGGCCGUGGCCCUCCUCUGGCACCACCUGAAGGGGCCGACACAGAACGGAGGAGACCAGGAGAAGAAGGAGGGAGCCCCUUCGGCCUCCUUGGGGCGCCUGGUGAGCAGCAUGAGGCCAGAGGCACUGCGGUUCGUGGCCAUCGCCGGGCUCCUGGUGGCCUCUUCCCUAGGGGAGAUGGCCAUCCCGUAUUACACGGGACGAGUGACUGACUGGAUCGUGACUGAGGCCGGGACUCCUGCCUUCCAGAAAGCCCUCUGGAUGAUGACUGUCCUCACGGUGGGCAGUGCCGUGACGGAGUUUGUCUGCGACUACCUCUACAACACCACCAUGAACCAGUUCCACACCCGCCUCCAGAGCACGGUCUUCGCCUCCAUCCUGCGUCAAGAGAUCAGCUUCUUCCGGGCCAGUCGGACAGGGGACAUCACUUCCCGAGUGACAUCCGACACGGACGCCAUGAGUGAGGCGCUGAACCAUGAUAUGAGCUUGCUGAUGUGGUACCUGAUGCGGGGGGUCUUCCUCUACGGCAUGAUGCUCUGGCUCUCGGUACCCUUGGCUCUCUUUGCCACUGUGGCCUUGCCUUUCAUCCUCUUGCUGCCAAAGCUCACGGGGAAAUUUCACCAGCGCUUGGCACGGGAGGUCCAGGAGUCUCUGGCAAAAGCCAACGAGGUGGCCGUGGAGAACUUCGAGUCCAUCUUGACUGUCCGCAGCUUUGCAAACGAGGAUGGUGCGGCUCGAAGCUAUGAGGAGAAGCUUCAGGAGACCUUCAAGCUCAGCAAGAAGGAGGCUGGGGCCUACGCGGUCAACAUGUGGACCAGCAAUCUCUUAGAACUGGCCCUCAAAGCUGGCAUCCUGUAUUAUGGUGGCCAGCUCGUCACGCUGGGACGAGUGACCAGUGGCAAACUUGUCACCUUUCUUCUGUAUGAGAUGGAGUUCUCCUCAUCAGUGCGGGUCCUCCUCUUUUCUUACCCCAAAGUCCAAAAGGCCAUUGGUUCCUCGGAGAAGGUCUUCGAAUACAUCGACCGUAUGCCCAAGAUCAGCCCCUCCGGCACCUUGGCUCCCAAAGAUUUGCAGGGACACGUACUGCUGAAGGAGGUGUCUUUCUCCUAUCCUGACCGGGACAAUUCUCUUGUCUUGAAGGGGGUGUCCCUGGAGCUGCAUCCUGGGACGGUGACUGCCCUGGUGGGCCCGUCGGGGUCUGGGAAGAGCACCAUUGUGGCCCUCUUGGAACGGUUCUAUGAGCCCCAGAAAGGUCAAGUGUUGCUGGACGGCAGAAACCUGAGCGAAUAUGAGCAUCACUUCCUGCAUCAAAAGUCAACAUGGGACUUAUUGUGGGAGUCGUCGUAG